UCCAUCAGGCUCUAGUAAUAAUAGAGACUAUUUUCCACAAUUCACGUGAUACAUGUGACGUUUGAGCAUCGUCGUUGGUCGCAGAAAGUGUUGGGCUAAAGUCAGUGGUGUGGCACUUACCGUUUCCGAGAUCUUCGCGGACAGACAAGGCACAGAGUGAACAGUGGGCAAUAUCAAAGUACGGAAACAUUUUCAGUUUCGUAACUUGAUUAGCGAUGUCCAAAAACGCCUCGGGAUCCAUUUUGACAACAGGUUCACGGUAGCCACAGCUCACUGGUGAAUUUGCUACUGAAAUGUCUAUUUCCAUUGAAAUCAGCUGUUCCGCACAUGGCUAUGCGCCAGAAACAGGGGCGGAACCUACGAACACAAAAUAGAAAAACUAAAUUAAAAAACAAAAAUGGUCAAAGACAAAAGAUAUAUUUUGGCAAUUGAUGUUGGGACUUCACUGAUAAGGUCGUCUAUAAGCAAUACGGCAUAUACUGUUAAAUCUGUUUCUAGCGAAAAGUUAAAAUUGUUAUACCCUAAGAAAGGCUACGUCGAAAUAGACCCAGAAUAUUUGUGGAAUGCUACAUUAUCUGUUACAAAAAAUGCUAUCUCUGACAGUAAUAUAAAUAAAAAUAAAAUCGUUGGAAUGGGUAUAAGUACUCAGAGGGCUUCUUUUAUAACUUGGAGGAAAGAUACAGGUGUGCCUUUUCAUAAUUUUAUCACAUGGAAAGACUUAAGGGCUGACGAUAUAGUAAAAGCUUGGGAUAAAUCGGUAACAGUUAAUUUUUUAAAGUUUUUUUCCUACUGUUUAUAUUUAACAACUAGAAAUCAGAGGUAUUUGGCCGGAAGUAAGCUACGAAUUUCAAAUUUACUGGUAACUUUUCGACUAUUGUGGGCAAUUAAAAACAUUCCAGAAUUAAAAAAAUGUCUCGAAAAAAAUAAUGUUAUGUUCGGAACAAUCGAAACGUGGCUUAUAUAUAAAUUUACAAAAGGAAAAACGUACGUAACCGACAUUUCAAAUGCAAGCGCCACAGGAUUAUAUGAUCCCUUUUUGCUACAGUGGAACACUUUGUGUUGUUUAAUUUUUGAUAUUCCAAUGAAGAUACUCCCGAAAGUUGUAAAUUGCGACUACGAUUUUGGAUUUGUAGAUAAGGAAAUACUGGGGACAACUAUUCCAAUAAAUUGUGUUAUGUCUGAUCAGUCUGCGUCGUUAUUUGGUUCGUGCUGUUUUCAUUACGGAAAUGUUAAACUCACGAUGGGUACGGGGAGUUUUUUGAACGUAAAUACAGGGUGCAAAGCUUACGGUAGCCACUCCGAAGUGUAUCCCCUGGUUGCAUGGAAAAUGAACGAUGGUGAUACAAUUUUUAUGCAAGAAACAAGUUCAAAUGACACAGGGUCUCUUAUUGAAUGGAUUAUUAACACAGAAUUAAUUAAAAAUGCCCCUGAAUCAUCUGAAAUAGCGGAAAGUGCCCAGGGGAAUAACGGUGUAUAUUUUAUCCCUGCUUUUAGUGGGUUUUGGCUUCCAAUUAAUGAUCCUAACGCCACCUCUGGUUUUAUCGGCGUUACUCCUACUUCUACAAAGUGCCAUUUGGUGCGAGCUGUAUUAGAAAGUAUUGUUUUUCAAAUUUACCUUAUGGUCAAUGUAAUGAUAAAAGAACGAGUGGGAAAAUUUAAAAAAAUAAGGGUUGAUGGUGGUGUAUCCAAAAAUGAUUUUAUACUCAGCUCUCUUGCAAGUAUUCUUGAUAUGGAAAUUGAGAGAACAAUUUCUACAGAAAUGUCAGUACAGGGAGUCACAUAUGUGGCUGGUAUUAAGGCUGGUUUAUGGACUAAAGAAUAUUUAAGUAAAUUACCUCAAGAUAAAACCUUUACUCCUGACCUUAAAAAACGACAAUACUUCAAAAAGGAAUUUGAAACUUGGAUGCGGGCUGUGGAACGAUUUACAAAGUGGAAUUAGAAUAAGACGAAAGUAUUUUAAUAAACAUUAUAUUAAUAUUUUUUACACCUAAAUAAAAAUUUACAUAU